AUGGAACGUUCUUCUUUCCUCACCACCGCAUCCCCCAAUCCCCGUUGCAGCGUCCUGCCAGCCUGGUCCAACCUCUGGCUGCAGGCAGCCAUCACCCUCUCCAUGUCCUCCACUUCCUCAUCCUCUACGUCCCAGCCCUCGCUGUCCUCUUCUCUGAGAGUUCAUUCGCGCCUCUUCCUCAUGUUGACGUCAUCCUUGCCCUCACUGUUUCUCUUCUUUGUCGGCCCUCUCUCCUGGCCUGAGUGGCGCGCAGUGCUGCUCUUCUCCUUCCCUGUGAUAAUCGUCAUCAUCGUGGACGAGAUUCUCAAGAUCUUUUCAAGAAACAUGUCAGGUGGGGCGUCAGGUAUCAGGUGGUGUGUCAGGUGUGGUGUAAGGCGUCAGGUGAGGGAUCAGUACUAG